AUGGCGGGAGCUCCGCCAUCAUCGUCCUCCUCCUCCUCUUCCUCGUCGGCGAACCCAUCGUCAUCUUCAGGUCUUCCCCCGCCUCCGAAGAUCCUCCUUGCAAAACCCUCGUCGGUCCCCGCGGUCGCCCAGGACUCUUCCUCCGUCGGAGCUCCUCCGCCCUCCUCCGUCCCCGGCGGCUUCUUACUUCGGUCCUCUCACAACGUUCCUCAACCAGGAUCCCUAAAUCUCUUCUCGGAUACUUGGGAGUUCCACACUGAGAGAAUCCUACCGUUUUUGACAGACAACACUGAUUUCAAUGUUGUUGGGAUUAUUGGGCCAACCGGAGUGGGCAAGUCGACUAUUUUGAAUGAGCUUUAUGGAUUUGAUGGAAGCUCUCCUGGAAUGCUUCCGCCUUUUGCAACACAGUCUGAAGAAACCAUAGCCAUGGCAAAACAUUGUACUGCUGGGGUUGAGCUGAGGGUUUCUUCUGAAAGGCUAAUCCUCCUUGAUGCUCAGCCAAUGUUCAGCCCUUCUGUUUUAGUUGAUAUGAUGAGACCUGAUGGGUUUAUCUUACAAUUUCUGUACUAAAUGGAGAGUGCUAUCAGCAGGAUUCUCGCUCAUGAAUUGUUGGGUUGUAUGAUUGGUGUUUUCCUACUAUCUGUCUGCAACGUGUUGCUGGUUGCAUCAGAGGGAAUUUAUGAUUUUGGCAUGUGGAAGUUGAUGCUGACAGUACGCCCUAGAGCUAAAAAAACCCCCUGAACUUUAUAUUUCAGUCACAUUGUUCUGCUUAAAUUGCAAUGCCGUCUAUCUAUGCAUGCAUGUGCUUCAUGCCCAAACAGUUGGAUAUCCAUAUGCUACACACUCAACGAUUAUGCUAUUA